AGUUAGUAGACCUAAGAAUGGUAGUAGAACACAGAUGCCGCCCUCCUCAAGAAAACACUCCUAAUUAAUGCAAUUUUCACACAAUUUCACUAUUACAUCGAAUCCAUUGACCAAGAAGUAACUUUAAUAAGUAUUAUACUAACAAUUGUAUCAAUAAAAAAGACCUGAUAAAUAGCUUCAGACAAGUAAACCCUUUUAGGAGCAUCAUUACGUUGUGCAAUCUUCCCAAACUUUCCUCAAUUUCAUCACCUCGAAAAAAUCCCAACUUUUCUGUCAAUUUUCAUACCCUUUUGUUCAAAAAAUCAAGGGCUUUUCUUCAUUUUUGUCAAGAAUACUGAAUGCUGGUAGUAAUAAUCCACAUGGGUUCAGAGUUGCGAUAAGGUUGCUUGCUUUGCUACAGUAAAGAAGGAACCUAGAAGACAAAGGACGGGGAAUAUAUUGUUCAUGUAAAUGGCUUUGCUGACUUCUGUAAGAGAAAUUCCACAAAGGACAGAGAGAAUAAGGUAUCCAGCGGUUGAUUUAAGAGCGCUGAGUAUGAGUUCAUCCAGCAGCGAGAUUGUUGAAGAGAGGAGCAGUUCAACUUCUUCUUCAACCACAAGCCCAAAUUUUGCUCCACCAUCUCGAGCUUUGACAGAUAGUGAUGAUGCAGUGUAUGUUGCUUUGGGGAAAGAAGUCAAAGAGGCAGAGUUGACAUUAUCGUGGGCAUUGCAUAAUUGUGGAGGGAGGAAAACUAUCAUUCUUCAUGUUCAUCAGCCUGCCCAGAAAAUUUCCAUGAUGGGUGCAAAUGUUCCCAUUAGUAGGCUGGAGGAAUAUCGAGUUAGAGCACAUCAUGAAGCCGAGAGGCAAGAUAUGCAAAAGCUCCUUGACAAGUACAUGUUGAUUUGCAAGAAAGCAGGGGUGCAAGUGGAUAAACUAUACAUUGAGAAGGACUCCAUUGAAAAGGGCAUUGUAGAGCUAAUUUUACUGCAUUGUAUCAAGAAGCUUGUAAUGGGAGGUGCAGCUAAAGGACAUUAUUCAAGGAAGAUGAUGGAGCCUAGGUCUAAGAAAGCCAUCUAUGUGCGGCAACAAGCACCUAGUUUCUGUCAAAUUCGGUUUAUAUGCAAAGGGCACCUGAUUCAUACAAGGGAAGGUACACCAAGUGGGGUCAACAUGGAGGGUAUGUCUCCAUUACUUCAGCCUUGUCCAAGUGGAGACAACUUGGAGGUUAUGUCUCGAUCAUUUCAGGCUAGUCCGAGUGAUGAAACUGGACAAUCUCAUUCCUUAAGAUCCAGAUCUGUUCCCCAGGGGGAGAAUGGCCAAUUACUCUCAUCAUUGUCAGUUCCUGACCAUCGUAGGGUAGUGUCUGACAAUCAUGCCGUGAAAUUCACAGGAGUUUCUACCCGUGACGGCCUUGGAGGUGUAUCACCUCAUAGUAGGUCAAGUGUCCAACAGAGCUCUGAUGGUUGGGACAGGAGACCACAGAGAAGUCAUUCAAUGGCUUCACGUUUUUCUUCUUCUUCAUCAAGUGAAAUAAUUGAAGAUUUAGCCUCACUCUCCAUUCCUCGGAUGGUGGGGAGUGAGAUAAUUGAAGAUUUAGCCUCACUCUCCAGCUCUGUUCCCCUGGGGGAGAAUGGCCAAUUACUCUCAUCAUUGUCAGUUCCUGACCAUCGUAGGGUAGUGUCUGACAACCAUGCCCUGAAAUUCACAGGAGUUUCUCCCUGUGACGGCCUUGGAGGUGUAUCACCUCACAGUAGGUCAAGUGUCCAACAGAGCUCUGAUGGUUGGGAUGGGAGACCACAGAGAAGUCAUUCAAUGGCUUCACGUUUUUCUUCUUCUUCAUCAAGUGAAAUAAUUGAAGAUUUAGCCUCACUCUCCAUUCCUCGGAUGGUGGGGAGUGGAAAUGAGUUGGAUGCCCCACUUCAUUCUGAUGAGGAUUACUGCAGUUUGUCUCCUUCUCCCCUAGUCACAGAAGGGAAUAUGCAUGAUGAACUCUACAACAGACUCCAACAAUCUGUGGAGGAUGCGGAAAUUUCUAGGCGAGAAGCAUAUGAAGAAUCAAUGAAGCAUAGGAAAGCUGUAAAAGAGGCUAUUGAGGCUGCCAGAUGGGCUAGAGCAUCAGAAGCUAGGUACUCAGAGGAAUUCAGACUGAGAAAAGAAGUUGAGGAAGCGCUAGUAAAGCACAAGGAAGAAAUUGAAAACAUGCAAUAUCAACUAGAUGAAAUCAAGAAUAAGCUCCAAGUUGCUAUGGAACAGAAAUCCUCUCUGGAGUCCCAAAUUGCAACUUCUGAUAAGACAGUAGAGGAUUUGAAACAGAAAAUGUUCGCUGCCAUCGACCUAUUGCAAAAAUUCAAGAUUGAAAAAGAUAAUUUACAGGUUGAGCGUGACAACGCAGUCAGGGAAGCUGAGGAGCUGAAAAUAAAGCAAGCUGAGGAGGCCUCAAGCGCAUCCAUGUCUUGUUUCUUUUCUGAAUAUUCCAUCUGCGAAAUUAACGAAGCAACUCACAAUUUUGAUCAGGAAUUGAAGAUAGGUGAAGGGGGUUAUGGAAGUGUCUAUAAGGGUCAUCUUCAUCACACUCAAGUAGCUAUAAAAGUUCUGCACCAGCAUAGCUCACAGGGUCCCUUGGAGUUUCAACAGGAGGUAGGCAUUUUGAGUACAUUGAGGCAUCCGAACAUUGUCACGCUUAUAGGAGCUUGCCGGGAAACUUGUUCCCUCAUCUAUGAGUAUCUUCCCAAUGGAAGCCUUGAAGAUAGACUCAGCUGCAAGGAUAAUACACCCCCACUAUCAUGGCAAACUCGAAUUCGUAUUGCUUCAGAGCUCUGUUCUGCUCUCAUCUUCUUGCAUUCUUGUAGCCCUAGAGGCAUUAUCCAUGGUGAUCUAAAACCGGCAAAUAUUUUGCUUGACAACAAUUUUGUUAGCAAGCUCUGUGACUUUGGAAUGUGUCGUGUUCUUGGGGAAGAUAAAUUUUCAGACAACAACACUUCACUGUGCUGCAGAACGGACCACCCAAAAGGCACUCUUGCAUACAUAGACCCUGAAUAUCUUGCGACUGGAGAGCUAACUACAAAGUCAGAUGUCUAUUCAUUUGGAAUCAUUUUAUUGAGGCUGUUAACUGGGAAGCCUGCACUGGGGAUAUAUAAGGAAGUUGAGAAUGCGUUAAAUAAAGGAAACUUGAAAGAUAUCUUGGACUCAACUGCCGGUGACUGGCCAUUUGUGCAAGCGCAACAGUUGGUUCACUUAGCAAUGAGGAGUUGUGAGAUGAGUCGAAAGACUCGUCCUGAACUUGCUUCAGAGAUCUGGAGGGUGCUCGAACCAAUGAGAGCAUCUUGUGGGACAUGUUGUUCUAGGUUGAUAUUCGAGGAGGAGUCUCAGAUGCCAUCUUACUUCAUUUGUCCCAUCUUUCAGGAGGUUAUGCAAGAUCCUGUAGUUGCAGCUGAUGGGUAUACAUAUGAAGCAGAGGCUUUAAAAGGAUGGUUGGACAGCGAUCAUGACACUUCACCCAUGACAAACCUCAAACUGGCGCAUCGCAAUCUUGUGCAGAACCAUGCUCUUCGAUCUGCCAUUCAGGAGUGGUUACAGAAACGGUAAACCUUCGAAUGGUUCGUAAACAAAUUGUUCUUGCAUUUUGUCAUACUUCAUUUUUUCUAAAUUAUUAAUAUACGUUGCUUUUGAAUUUUCUGUAACCAUGUAUAGAGAAAUAUGUAGGCAGCAUAUGUACUAGCUAGCUAGUAGCUACAUUCUAAAAUAUUCGGCGGAAGCAGUGCCGAGGAGCUGGAGUUGUUUAUUUUGUGAAUAAAAAUCGUUGUAAUUGCAUCUUAAUUUCUCUUUUAGAAACUAA